AUGAUUGCUGAAGCCAUCGUUUCCUUUGUCAUAGGAAAACUUGGAGAUCUCCUUGUCCGCCAAGGAGCCGCCCUCUUCGAAGUAAGUGGUCAGGUCGAGUGGCUCAAAGAAGAAUUGGAGUGGAUGAAGGCCUUCUUAAAAGAUGCAGACGUGGAACAAAAUGACGAAAGGGUGAAGAAAUGGGUAGCUGCUGUAAGAGACAUUGCUUACAAAGCAGAGGACGUCAUCGACACCUUCAUCCUUCAAAUAGAACAGAGCAGGAGAAGAGGUUCAGUUGGUUACUCCCAGAUCUUUACUUCCUUCGUUGAUGAACCAAGUGCUCGGCAUCAGCUAGGCAAGAAGAUCAAAGAGAUAAAGAGCGAACUUGUUCAGAUCCGUCACAGAAGAAAGAGUUAUGGCAUUAAAAAUCUCUGCAGAGGUGAAGGAAGCAAUUCCAUGAGGAAAAGUUUGCAAGAGCAGAGGAGAACUUCUCCUCUACUGGAAGAUACAGAAGUCGUCGGUUUCCAAGAUGACAUAAAUACCUUGGUGGCACGGUUGAUUGGGGGUGACUCGCGGCGAUGCGUGAUUUCUAUAGUCGGAAUGGGUGGUCUCGGCAAGACUACUCUUGCAAGGAAAGUUUAUAAUCAUGAUGAUGUUAAGAACCAUUUCCAUGGUCGUGCAUGGAUACAUGUGUCUCAAGACUAUGAUGUGAGGGAUCUUCUGCAUAGCAUUAUGAGAUGCUUUAUGAUUCUCACUACAGAACAUCAUGAGAUGAACAUCACUAAGUUGAAGGAGGAGCUUUUCAAGCAUUUGGAGGCAAGAAGAUAUCUUUUGGUGUUAGAUGAUAUGUGGAAGACCGAAGCAUGGGAUGAUUUAGCAGCUGCUUUUCCAGAUGGGAAUGACGGAAGUCGAGUCCUGCUUACCACUCGGAACAAAGAAGUAGCUUCUUCUGCAGAUGUCCGGAGCAGUCUUCAUGAGCUGAAACUUCUAGGUGAAGAUGAAAGCUGGAAAUUAUUUUGUAAGAGGACAUUCUUAGAGCAAUAUAGCAGUUUCCCCACAAAUUUAGAGGUGUUUGGAAGGAAGAUUGUGGCAAAAUGUCACGGUCUACCUCUUGCAGUCGUUGUCAUUGGAGGCCUGUUAUCAAGGAAAGCAAGGCUCCCACGUGAAUGGGAGAAAGUACUGAAUAGCCUUAGCAGGCAAUUUGUUGAAGACGAAUUAAAAAUUGGGAGAAUAUUAGCUUUAAGCUAUGAAGAUCUACCCCAUCACUUGAAGUUAUGCUUUUUAUAUCUUGGAGUUUUUCCCGAAGACUCUGAAAUCUCUGCCAAGAAGUUGAUUCAGUUGUGGGUUGCAGAAGGAUUUGUACAAUCAAGAGGGGCUGAAACAUUUGAGGAAGCUGCAGAAGAUUGUCUGGUGGAGCUAAACCAGAGAAGUCUGAUUCAAAUAGUGAAAGGAAGUUCCAUGGGGGGAGUUAAAAGCUGUCGCAUCCAUGAUCUUCUUCGAGAUCUCUCCAUCUCAAAAGCCCGGGCUGAAAAUUUUCUCAAUGGGGACACAAAUUCUCUCUCUCCAUGUAAAGCACGUCGACUUUUUGUGCAUCAUGGCAUCAGUAAGUACACUUCCUUAAACCAAUCCAAUCCAUGCCUUCGUUCCAUCCUGUCUCUCAGCCUAGACAGAGAAGAAAUUGGAAAGAAUCAGCUGGAUCUUCUUUACAGACGAUUUCAUUUGCUUAAUGUUUUACAUUUACACGGAAUACGUGUCGAUGAGUUUCCAACUGAAAUAGGUACACUCAUACACUUGAGAUACCUUGGUCUUACGGGAUGCGUGACCCGUCUGAGAAGACUCCCAUCAUCAAUAGCCAAUCUUUGCAAUUUACAAACACUAGAGGUAGAUAGUCCUAAUAAAAUGGAUAUCCCUAGUGAAAUUUGGAAGAUGCAGCAGUUAAGGCAUGUUCGUGUACCAGGAAGAAUCAAAGGUGAAGGGCCUAAAGCAGGGGAGCUCAGUUGUUCGAGUAACCUACAGACUCUAACAAGCAUCGAUGCCGACGACUGGAUACAGGAUUGCUUGGGAGAGCUGAUUAAUCUUAGGAAACUAAAAAUAGAGAGAAUAGAUUUCAGUAUACAUCGAAAGAGAUUGUUCGACUCUAUUCCCAAAUUAGUCCAACUCCAGUCUCUGACGUUACAUGGUUACCGUUACGGUCUAAUCCCACUUCCACUAAUUUCAAAUCUGUUGCAUCUGUAUAAGCUGUGUUUGCGUGGAGGGUUAGCGAGGCUACCAGAGUUUCAUGAAUUCUCACCAAAUCUCACAAAGCUUACCUUGGAAUUCUCCUGCUUAGUGCAAGACCCAAUGAUGACACUGGAGAAACUAAAAAACCUUCGGAUUCUCAGAUUGCUUGAGCUUUCAUACUUGGGAAGGCAAAUGGUCUGCUCUUCGCAAGGGUUUCCUCAGCUUGAGUCCUUGGAUGUUCAUAACUUACUUAAUUUAGAGGGGUGGAGAGUUGAGGAAGGAGCCAUGUCGAGUCUUUUACAUCUAAAUUUCUUUUGUUGCCGACGAUUGAAGACUGACUUUCGUUCUGCAAUGUAA